UAAAAUAAAAUGUCGCUUACGCAUUCUCAUAGAUCUCGGCGGCGGCGGAAUCCAAAUCGAACUUGAAGUCGGCGGUUUCGAAAUUCUUAGUCGGAGUCUGACAUUUCUCCGAUUUUGAGGUCGGGGAAGAACUUUGAUUGUCGCCUUUCGUUGAAUUUCGGGCGAAUCGGUACUGUUUUUUGCUUGUUGAUCUCUGAAUUGUUGUUUGGUAUUCUGGAUGUUCAAUUUGGUAAUGUGAGGUGUGAAUCGAUCGAGUUGAAUGGCUUCGAUCCGGCGAACUCUCUCGCCGGCGUAUCACGACCGUCCGUACCAGAAUGGUGCGGCUCCGUUCUCGCCUCUCUCUGUCUCAUCGCCGUCUCACAAGAGCUUUACCAAUGGCGGCGGUAACAGUAGCAGUAACAGUAGUAAUAGCAAACACAGCUCUUCUCAUUUGCUCUCGUUUCUCACCAGAUUGACCGGAGCGGUUUUCGUCCCCAAGAGUUCGCGCAGAAGCGCAUGGCGGCGUCCGUUUUAUCGUUGUAUUGUGUUCUUCCUUCUAGGGUUUCUGUUGGGUAUGACGCCGUUCGGCGAAGUGAACGACGUUCGCGUCACCGAUCGGCUCUCGUUCGAGAUCAAACCGCCGUACGAUGACGCCCGUUCGGGUGGUGCGAACGGGAGACGUGAAGAUUUGGCCAUAGAUGCUGUGAGUUUUGCCGUGGAGAUGAACAUGAGGGAGAAGGUCUCGGGGAAGUUCGAUUUUGUGCCGAGAAAGCAAAUAAUUGUGGUGACUCCGACGUACAACCGGGCCAUUCAGGCAUAUUACUUGAACAGAAUGGCUCAGACGCUGAGACUGGUGCCGCCUCCAUUGCUAUGGAUAGUUGUGGAGGCCAAUGCUGCGUCCUUCGAAACUGCAGAGAUACUGAGGAAGACGGGUGUUUUGCAUAGACACUUGGUUUGCAAGAAGAACAUGACCAAUAUUAAGGACAGAGGGGUUCAUCAGAGAAAUACUGCCUUGGAGCACAUCGAAUUGCACAGACUGGAUGGAAUUGUCUACUUUGCUGAUGAUGAUAACAUAUACUCACUUGAGUUGUUUGAAAGCUUGAGACAAAUCAGCCGAUUUGGUACUUGGCCCGUUGCUAUGCUUGCGCCAAGCAAAAAUAAGGCCAUCCUCGAGGGUCCAGUAUGCAAUGGAAGUCAAGUAAUUGGAUGGCACACAAAUGAGAAGAGUAAAAGACUACGGAGAUUCCAUGUAGAUAUGUCCGGGUUUGCUUUCAACAGCACAAUACUCUGGGACCCAAAAAGAUGGCGACGGCCCUUUUCGAACCCUAUCCGUCAGUUAGACAGUGUUAAGGAGGGCUUUCAAGAAACAACGUUUAUAGAGCAAGUGGUGGAAGACGAAAGUCAGAUGGAAGGAGUUCCGUCCGAUUGCUCGAAGAUACUAAACUGGCAUCUCCACUUGGAUGCUCGGAAUGUUCCUUAUCCACAAGGUUGGGUAAUCCCGAAAAACCUUGAAGCUGUCUUCUCUGUGAAGUAACGUUUUGAAAAACGCCUUUUGACGGGUGCGUACCCAGCCAUAUAUAUCUUCAUGGUGUGACAAAAAAAAAGCAUCAAUCAACUGCAUAUAACAACAAACAAACUCUUUGCUUGCUGAUGAACUUAUCAAGGGAUCAUAUAUGAGAGGUGUGAUUACCCCUUCGAAAAUCUCUCUCGUUGAAGUACAACUGUUCAUCUUUGAUCUCUCUUUGCCUUUCGUUUUGGGUUCACGGGUGUGGAGGGAGGCCUAAAGAUAGAGGGUGAAGAGAGGAAACAGAACACAAGUUUUGGUUUUGGUUGGAUCCAUUGAUUUUGUUCCAAAGAAAAUGUCAGUUGGAUUUGAUUUAAGUCCCAAUAGUAACAGUGUUGCUUGCUUUCAUCAUCUGGAGGUGUGUUUUAGUUUCAGAUUUAGUUUUUGUCGGUUCAAAGAAAAAAACUAUAAUCAUUUGUCCUUAUAUUGGACCGAUUCGUUCGGUCUUUGUUC